ACUGCAGAAGAUGGUAAUUCACAAGAUUAUAGUCCGGAAUUAUAUGUUCUCAAGGCAGACGGAAUUUCUGAAACCAAGGUCUUUCCAGCUAUAUGUUUUGUCCAGAAGUUUAUCGACCAAGCAAAAAAAUAUCACUGGUAAAACAGAUUGGAAAAAUAUCCUUAUUCGAUUUCUACCUGUUGGAAUUUGUUUGAUUGGUGUAAUGCAAUGGAGGGCAUUGAGAAAAAAACAAGGUAAUGCCAUUGCUUCACAAUGGGAAGUCAAUUGUUACUGCAUGCUGCCGCUAAGAACAGUGUCAAGAUGCUGGGGAUAUUUGGCAGAAUGGUGAUCUUAGGUGCCUCAACUGACGAAAACGCCAGCUGUGUGCCAAAAACACGUUUUUGUUCUCUCUCCAGGGUAUUUUCUUUUCAUUUCACCAUUUGUUUCACUCAUUUAAGUCGAGAACAUCAUUUUUUUACCAUUGUAGAUAUAAAUCUGCCCGAAUUUCUGAGGCCUCCCGUGUACAAAAUCUACUCCAACACCUUUGGCGUCAACAUUUCUGAAGCGCAGAAUGAAGAUUUGAAAUCGUAUUCAAGUCUAGCAGAUUUUUUUGCUAGAUCCUUGAAAGAAGGGGUGAGAGAAAUAGAUUGGAAUAGCUGUUUGGUAUCACCUUGUGACGGGACGGUUCUCCAUUUCGGGACUGUCGAUACUGAGCAGGUGGAACAGGUGAAAGGAGUAACAUAUUCCUUGAAAGAUUUUUUGGGUGAGCAACCAUUGAAAGGGGAAGAUAAUGCAGAUUUUAGAAAAUCCCUUCUUCGCUAUCCUCAUGAAGGCAAUACUCUGUAUCAGUGUGUUAUCUACUUAGCUCCAGGAGACUAUCAUAGGUUUCAUUCACCAACAGAAUGGAAACCUACUCACCGCAGACAUUUCUCAGGUCAGCUUCUAUCAGUUAACCCAAGUAUUGCCAAAUGGCUGCCAGGUCUCUUCACUCUCAAUGAAAGAGCUGUUUACUUAGGUCAGUGGAAGCAUGGAUUCUUUUCUUAUACUGCAGUAGGAGCUACAAAUGUUGGGACAGUGAAAGUAUACUUUGAUAAAACUCUACAGACGAACCAGCCUUUCAAAUCAAAAUUAUGCAGAGAUCGUUGUCUUGGGAGUUCAAUAGAACUAAAAAAGGGUGAACUCAUCGGAGAGUUUCGAAUGGGCUCGACUAUAGUAUUGAUAUUUGAGGCUCCUACCAGCUUCAAAUUCACCAUAUCACCGGGAGAUAGGGUGAGAAUGGGACAAAGCUUAGGAUGUGUUAGGCAACAGAAAUUUGUAGAUAGGAUAGUUAAUGAUAGACUAGAUUUUAGGAGCUUUAGUUAAGGUUUUUUUGCAAAGACUUUUUACGUAUUAAAAAUUGUGAUAUUUUUUAAUAAAAUAUUUAAAAUCCCAUA